AUGCUAAGCGCAUUAUGUUGGGUCAAUAGAGAGUGUGUUCGACCUGUGCCUGUGCGCCUCAAAAUCACCGAAGAAGAGGCCAAAAAAAUUAUUGAUGACCAUGCCCACUUUGUUUCUCCCAGCUCCGUUGAUUUUGUUAGGCAUUCUGUUUCUUCAUCUGAUGAUUGCUCAAAUUCCGAAUCUGAAGCCUGCAUUUUAGAUAGCAUGGAAAUGGCCUCCACUAAGGAGCAUAUUGACAUCGACGGCGAAAUCGAUACGGAAGAAUCGAUUAUUAAAAAAUACAACCUGAAGGAUUACCCAGAAAGCUCGAUGAGCCUUCUCUCUGCAGAAGACGAAAAUGUGUCCCCAACAAAGGCAGACUUUGAAAGGAUAUUUGCUGACAUGAACACGCUUUCUCUUCUUUCGCCCAGGGACGAUCCAUACUUGCUUAAAUCUUCCAAAAGCGCCAACCAGGAUACCUCUGGGGCCGAUGAUUUCGAUGAUUAUUUUGACGAGGAAGAGGAUAUGGAUGAUCUCACUAUUCGCCCGACGGAUUAUCUUCUAGUCACCGCCAGAGUGCCCGAGGAUGAUGAUAUUGCACAGCUGGAGUUUUAUGUCUAUGAGGAGUCCGAAGAUAAUCUGUAUGUCCACCAUGACAUUAUGCUUCCCACAUUCCCGUUAUGUCUGGAAUGGGCUGAUUAUGCUACCGGCAGAGACUCCAGUAAUCUUGUUGCGGUUGGCUCUUUUGACCCGACCAUUGAAAUCUGGGAUCUGGAUAUAAUUGAUCCUGUCUAUCCCUAUGUGAUGUUGGGAAGUUCUGGCGAUAAAGGACCUCAUAAAGAGGGAUCAAAAAAACUAUCCACUAAAAAGAAGGCUUUGGUUGAUCCUUGGUUCCAUACGGGCUCAAUCAUGAGCAUCAGUUGGAAUGCCAUAACGAGGUUCUUAUUUUUGCAUAACUUCCAGGUAUCUUGCGCAUCGUUUUCGCCAUUUGAUGCCCCAAUUAUAGCAAGCACGUCAUUUGAUAAGAGCGUAAAAAUCGUUGACAUGCGGGAUCCUUCCUCUUCUUUAUCAAUUGCUUUGCAAAGCGAUGGCGAGGUGGUCAAAUGGAACCCAUUUGAUGCGAAUUUAUUGGCUGUGGCUGAUGAGAAUGGAACGGUAUAUCUGAUUGAUCGAAGAUCUACAGAGCCGCUUAGCACGGUUGAGGCCCAUUCCAAACCGAUAUCGUCGAUUGAUUAUCAUCCGCUGAUACCAGGCCUUUUACUGACAAGCUCCUUUGAUAAGCAUUUGAAGAUCUGGGACACCCUUGUUGCCUCGACUUUGAUUUUCGACCGGAAACUCGGUGCCGGAAACCUGUUGACCGGAUCUUUUUGUAAAAACAGCCCGUUUUUGGUGGCUUACACUGGAACAGAUUCUCAGGAUCCUCAUGUUUUAAAUCUGAGCAACAGAAAGUCUUACAGAUCAGACGUGCAAUUUGAAAGCAUGCAAGACUUGUUUGAAACGAGACUGCAGUCUAUUCGAACGGCAAGCGCCACUUAA